UUUGCACUACGACCUAAAUCAACGUGGCCGCGGAGCGAAUUUCUUCAGGGCGUCUGUAUGUCUUGUCACAUAUCGUAAUAUUUGUUCUGUGUAAUGUUAUAGUUGUAAUUUUGUCAUUUUAAUGGUGUCACACAAUAACGUUUGACUAAGAAUAAUGGCAGACCAUUCAAGUGCAUCAUCGUAUAGUGAGUUACAAGAGAUUAGGAAAUUAUUAUGGGGCCCAUACGUCAAAGAGGACGUUUUUCGAAGAUGGGCCCAAGGGUUCCAUUUUAGCAAGGAUGAGCCUACAGCUCUCGUUCAAUGUGAAGGGGGUCCUUGUGCUGUACUGGCGCCUGUUCAAGCCUUUAUACUUAAAUCUUUGUUAUCUGAAACAGUGGGGAAUAAUUGGAGAGAGGUUGAUGUAGAUAAAUGUAAUGAGUUGCUUGUUCAGGCUGCAUGUGAUAUCUUAACGCAAGCUAGUGAACGUAAUGGAGGGCAUUACAUAGUGGUUCAUAUGAAUAAUGAUGUGAGAAGUCUAACUUCACCUAACAGUGUUCUAACAAAUGGAGAAGAACCAUUAGAGAAUCCAUCAACAGAGCUGAUAGAAACCUCGGCUAAACGGCAGAAACUAGAACAUGAGCAUUUCCAUACACAACUUAGAUUACUGUCUCUAGAACGUGUUGAAGAUGUGGAAGCCUUUUACUUUGAAAGGAUAGCAAUCUUGAGAGAAACAUUUGGAGUCUUACUUCUCUUAUAUUCUGUUAUUUCCACAAAGGGUGUGGAGCAGAUCCGGAGUGAAAUGAAUGAUCCAACAGAGCCACUGAUUGAUGGUACAUAUGGGUAUGGGAGCCAGAGUUUAAUUAAUCUGAUGUUGACUGGACGAGCAGUUGGGCAUGUGUGGGAUCAUGACCAAGAUGUUGGUGGUCUUAAAUUGCGCGGCAUAGAUUGCCAGAGUGAAGUUGGCUUCUUAGCAUUAUUAGAGCACCUACGCUAUUGUGAGGUUGGUUCAUUUCUAAAGAAUCCCAAGCAUCCUGUGUGGGUCCUGGGCAGUGAAACGCAUCUAACAGUAUUGUUCUCCUUGGAAAAGCGCUUGGUGAGCCCAGAGACCCCCAGUGAAGUGGCCAGACGUGUUUUUAAAAGUUUUGACCCUGAUGGAAAUAACUUCAUCUCAGCUGUGUUACUGCAAGAUGUGUUAAGAGCAUUGGAACUAGUUUCAGAGGCAGAAUAUGUGGAAAUCAUGACAAGGAAGCUUGAUGCAGAGAAUCUGGGCAUCAUUCUACUUAAUGCCUUCAUGGAAGAAUUUUUUCCAGAACAGAAGCAAUCGACACCAGACACAUUCACUCUGUUCCAUUACAAUGGCCAGCCUCGCUCAUGUCCUGAUGGAAGGGUUGUGUAUCAAGAAGGAAAUGCAGUAUUACUGGAAUGCGACAUGAAAUGUGUACUAGAAAGUAAUCCAAUGUUGACUUGUCUACAAACCAAGUGGCCCAAUAUAGAGGUGCAGUGGUUGUCUGGUGUUACACCAUCACUGAACUAAUGAGGAAUUUUUUGUGUUUGCUACGUAAAAUAAGGUAGUUGGAUGAACAGAGUCAGUUUUGCAGAAUUCUGUAAGUAAAGAAGAUGGUGAAGUUCAUUUGUAGAAAACUGGCAGAUGAAAGAUUGUAGAAUAUUUAUAUAUUUUGCAUCUACUAAGGAACAAGUGAAUGCAUAAUUAAGAAAACAGGCAUGCCUGCAGUUGGAAUGAGGUUCUUCUACAAGCCUUCCUCUGUCAGACUUGGUUUAUGAAAUGUUAGGAUUGGCUUUAGAGUACAGUCUACAAGGCUGUCAAUACUUACGUGAUUGAUGGCUGUUCACAAGAAGACUAAGACAGAACUGUGAUGUACCUGAAAGAGCUGUCCAUGGCAGUUGUAUUAACCACUUGGCAGUUGGGAGUUGUGUAGGAGUGAUGUCUCCGUACACUAAAUGCAAGAAUAUUAUUCUUUCAGAUCGCAAGACGUGUAACUUCAAGCAUAACAGAGCAUAAAACUGUAACAUGUUGAAUAUAUCCAGAUGGGAGUCUAAUAAAGGCAAUGCAUGUAUAGUAUAAGGAAGGAAUCUUACAAAUUAUAUAUAUAGAUUUGCUCAAGUGUUGAGGGCUUCUGGUAUAUAAUAGAAUUACAAAGAUGCAUAAACUGUUGGACAUAUCCUGUAACAAAGAUAUUUAUACUUCAUUGAUCCAUUAUAGCACCGAUAUUUAGAGUUUAAUUUAUUUUUCCUUUUUUAAGUUUAUCCUUCUGUGUGAAAUUAUUUAUGUUUCAUUACUUUAAAUUUGAACUGAAUCUUACAUGCAUAGAAUUUAUAUGUCUAAACUGACCGAAAAUCACCAUGUGUUACUACACCAGGCUUUGCUGGUCUAACAAUAAUUUCUGGGAAGAACUAAUGAUUUGUACUUGGCCUUUAGAUUCUUCAGUCUGUAUGGCAAGUCUAGCGAGUAUCACAAAUUAAUAAUUCUGUGACUUGGUGGCAGAUGUUUGUACAUAAUCUCCACUAGUACAAAUUUUGACUAAAUGAAAUUUGUGUGAUAUCACCAUUGCCAUGUUUAUAAUUGUUGACAUGUAAAUACCAUUUCAUACAGAAUUUGGUUGUAGUAUUUAUGAUCUUUCUUCAUACCAGAUUUCACAUACUUAGCUUCAAUGGUUAUUAAUUCAUAAUUGCCUUCAAACCAAAAAUUAAAUACGUAUAUUGUGUGGCUGUCACAUUUACAUUCUUCUAAAAUAGUUCCUUAGCAAAAGUUACAUAUUUUUGAACACCUAAUAUCACCUCGACUCCACUCAAACUCCAUAGGGCAGCGGUAUAUUUAUAUGUAUAAAUAUGUAAUCACAAUUUUGUGUUUUAUCAGGAUAUACUGUAUUUUAACUUUAAAUGAGAGUUAAUUUUUGUGACCCUAAUCCCUGUUAUACAAAGUUAAUGUUUUAUCAUCAUCAUCACCAUACUUUCAUUCUUGGAACACAUUCUGCUUAUUUCUUAAACAUUCAAUAAUUACUUCUCAUGAUGCAGGUUCAUUUUCAUAUUAUUGUCAGAAAGUAACUUUACUUCCAUGUCUGCUUUAUGUUUUCAAGGCAUGGUGGUAAUCACAGGGAUAAUUUAUUUCCUUAGUUUACAUUUGGUAAACCUGUUCAUAAAACUUUGUAUUUUGGUGAUUUUCAUCCUCAUAAUAUCAAAGUAAUUCAAUAUUAUUUUACACUACACCCCAAAUAUAUAAAUAGUUUGACUCAUUUUAGGGCUUAAUUGGAAAUGAGCAGGACAAGAAGUGCAGUCAAUUGCUAUGGCUGGCACAGAUUAGGAUAAUAAAAUAUUCUGUAUGCAUCUCACAGCAGAUUGCAAUAGAAAGAAAAUGUAAUUGAAAUUCUUCUAUAUUUAACUGAUUCAAUAAUAUUUUAAUUUAAAAGUAGCAGCAAGAAACUAACUCACUUGGGUUGCCAAGAGGUCUAAAAAUAAAUCAUUUGGAGAGAUUCACACUGGAUAUGCUAAGGCUUAAUUCAUAUGUGUACUGUGGAUGGGAAACCUAAAACAAUAUGUUGCAAUACUGUUGAUAUCUGCUGGUAUCAGCUUCCUUUUUCUUUUCUUUUGUUAUGUGAUAUAGUAUGUUCAGUUAUUUUUACAUUUUAAUUUUUGGUAGUUUACAGGUUGUAAUAUAGUGAUGAUGGUAAUAUCUUUGAAAAAUGUUCAUAGAAAUUUAAAAUCAUGUGAGGAAAAAAUUGAGUGGAAGAAAUGGAUUAAGAUAAAAUUGUAAAAUACAAGUUUAAUGAUAAAAUUGAAUAAACCAUGAUACACAAUACAAUAAUAUAUUUUAACUUUCAUGAAUUUAAUCAAACACGUUUGUGUAUGUGUACAGGUAUGUUUAGUUACUUCAAAAGUUUAAAAUGGACUAGACACAAUAAUUAUUAUUUUGAUAUGAAGAAAAUUAGUUAACAGAUUUGCUUUCUUGAUAUCUCGCAUCUGCCAAAAUCCUAAUUCAGUUCAGUAUGAAACCUUUUAGAUUAUAACUGAAUCCAACCCAUAUGUGUAUACCAUACCUGCAUACUUCAUAAUGACUGAUAGUAAGAAGACAGUCUGGAUGACAAGAAAUGGCCAUUCCCAGAAGAAUUAGGAAACCUGUUUUAGACCAUACAUUCAAAGCAUAUUUAAUUGAAGUAGAGUAUUGGAUAUGUUUAUUAUAAAAAAUAUACUUUAAGCACCACAGUGUUUUAAUUUUAAUAACAGAUAUUUUCAUAGGAAUGAAUAUGUAAAGGCCAUAGCUGGUGAAGGGCCUGUUUAAAAUGUACUGCUUUCAUGGAAUUGCUAGGAAACGGUUUUAUUCACCAAAUGUUUCUUAACUUGCCCAGUUAAAAUUAAGUAGGUCAUAAUCUUGCUACAGUUAGACUGUGAGAUAAUAGACAUUGGUAUAUUUUUGUUGUUGUCUUU